AGCUAAACAAUAAAAAUAAUAAUAAAAUUAAUGGUCCAUAUAUAUCGAAAUAGAAACGAGGGUUUCUACAUAGCUGCCGCUCACAGGACGCCCCUGCCGCCGCCGUUGCAAACCCUAGAAGAACAGACCUCGCAGCAGCCGUCGGGAAUCGACCAUGCCGUCUCACAAGACCUUCAUGAUAAAGAAGAAGCUGGCGAAGAAACAGAGGCAAAACAGGCCCAUCCCCUACUGGAUCCGGAUGCGUACCGACAACACCAUCCGCUACAACGCCAAGCGCCGCCACUGGCGCCGCACCAAGCUCGGCUUCUAGAUGUGGUCGGCUUCUUUUUGUUCUUCCCUAUCAUGCCAUGUUUUCUUUCGCUUAGGAUCCACUGACUCUUAUUGCUGAAUUACAUAAUCGAUGCGAUGAUGAUAAUUAUGAUGUAUGAUUUAUGUUGAGAUUUGUGAAUUCUAUACGAAGCUCGAUUUGGAAUUA